AUGGCCGAGUCUAAGCCCGCCCAAAAGAUUUGGAUCCGUUCCAAUGACGACAAGACGUUUGAGAUCGACCGCGAUGUCGGCGAACGAUCUGUUCUCAUCAAGAACCUGCUCGAGGAUGUUGGUGAUAGCGAUCUGUCCGAGGAGAAUGCUAUUCCUAUCCAGAAUGUGAACGAGACAGUCCUUCGCAAGGUCAUCGAGUGGUGCGAGCACCACCGCAACGACCCCCCUGCCUCCCAGGACGAGGAGUCCGAUGCCCGCAAGAAGACUACCGAGAUCGAGGAGUGGGACCAGAAGUUCAUGCAGGUUGACCAAGAGAUGUUGUUCGAGAUUAUUUUGGCUGCAAACUACCUCGACAUCAAGGCUCUGCUCGAUGUUGGCUGCAAGACCGUCGCUAACAUGAUCAAGGGCAAGUCUCCCGAGGAGAUCCGCAAGACUUUCAACAUCACCAAUGAUUUCUCGCCCGAGGAGGAGGAGCAGAUCCGUCGGGAGAACGAGUGGGCUGAGGACCGGUAA